UGAAUGGGAUUGUACUGUAUGUCAUGUGCAGCUGUUCUUACUCAGAUGUUAAAGAAUCAAACAUUUGGUCACGAUUACCCUGACCAUGAAGCCAUAUCGUAUGAUUACAUUAGUUAUUUUUAACUGUUAAGUGAGUGUAAAGGGGGUGAUUCAUGUUAAAUGUGUAAUUAUAAAUGAAUUGAUAAGAUCAAUGGUAAUUUAUUGAUUUUUUCAGUAUGUACAAUACUGUUUGUAAUCAAGCUGAUAUGUAUUGCCUACUAUAAAUAAGUACUUUCUAGUACAAUAUAUACAACUUUGUGCCUUGUAAAAGUUAAACUGUGACUGAAAUCACAACUUAAGUGGGUUGAUGACAACUAGUAUGCAACACAAAACUUUUUCUAUAUUUUUCAGGAUAUUUUUUACAAUUCUAACAAGUAUUUAUAGUUUAGCUAUAUGAUAAAUACGGCAUGUUCUCAAUAUAUUUAAAAGAAAUGAUAGAAUUGUGACAGCAUUCUUUCCAUGUGUGCAUAAUUUGAUCGUAAAUUGUGUAAAAACAUGACACUAAGUAGCCUACUGCGAUGACACAUUUCUAGAGAAAAGGUAGAUAAGGAAAUGGCUGCUGAAGUCUGACAGAAGCCAGUUGUAUGUAUUGUUUUGUCCAAGAUAUUAUUCUUCAUAAUCAUGUUACUGUUGAUAGGCUACUGUAGUGGGUAUGAUUUUUUUGACAAUGGGAGAUUUUAUAUUUCUUUCUUUUUUACUGUAGGGCAAUGCUACGGCCAAAGUAUAUAUUUUUUCAUAAAAUCGAUUAUUUAUAUACAUUGAAUAUAGGGAUUGACGACAGAAUAAUAAAUGUACAAUACAUCUGUGUACGUCUGUAGUUCAUGUGCGCUUACAGGAGGCUGUUUAGGAAGAUGUUUAAGGUAUUCUCUGAAGGCUCAUUGUUUGGUAAUUGUUUCUGUUGGGGGGAAAGGAAGCCAUCGUGCGGCCAUCAAGUUGCGAUAAGUGAAUCUAAUAAAUUUGAAUGUCAAACCUUCAUGAUAUUUUCGUCAAAGCUGCCGAAACUCAAAACGUGUGAAAAGUAUGAGGCUAUGACAAAUAUACAUCAAACUACACUCCACUCAAACUACAGAUCCUAGAAUUCGUGCAAAGUUUAUGUUGAUCUCGCUCAGAUGGAAAGUGAAAGCAAAACUAUUUUUUUUUUGUCGCACACAUUUCAAAACGUAACGAAGGAUCAACAAGGACUAACACCUGUCUACAUUUACCUAUUAGAAAUGGCUUCGGUCAGAACUUGGGGGCUAUUGAUUAUCUAUGACCUGACGCUCUGGGUUGUAUUCUGGACUUGGUUAGUGUUGUCUAAAUUUUCCAGCUCUGGAGGACUAGGCGGGUUGUGGGUAUUAGGAGGCUUGAGGUGGAUGUGUCUAUACUCGCUUACUCUGCUACACACCGAUGGAAAGCCCCAGCCAGCUUUGUGGAGGUGGGUGACAGUCCUGUGCCUUUUGCCUCCUGUGUUUGAGAGUGGACGCAAGUGUGUGAUAUCAGGAUCCACCUCAGACCCCCAUGGUCCGAUUCCUGAACCCAGCAUUGCACUGCUGUCACUGUUCUCCUCUUCCGUGGCCUGUCUGGCAUGGGAGGCGGUCUUUCCUGAAGGUGAGACUCGAAAAGAACCGAAGUCCCGGGUGAUGUUAAUGAGGGUGGUGAAAUACUGCAGACCUGAUGCCUUCCACCUGACUGCAGCAUUUUCCUUCCUGAUCUUUGGAGUAAUAAGUGAUACAUUUAUCCCAUAUUGCCAAGGCAAAGUGAUCGAUAUGCUGAGAGAUCAGCAUCAACAUAAUGACAGCUUUAGUUACGCCAUUGGAGGCCUGGCACUGGUCUCACUUGGGAGCUCACUGUUCUCCGGUUUGCGAGGUGGCAUGUUCAUGGUUAGCCUGUGCAGACUUAACUUGAGAAUGAAACACAUAUUGUUCCACAACCUGUUGCUACAGGACAUACCCUUCUUUGAGGAGAACAAGCCAGGAAGCCUGUCCUCUCGCUUGGCUUCUGACGUGGACAAAAUGGGUCGCUCUGUGGCGCUCAAUGCCAACGUGCUGGUGCGCAGCAUGGUGAAGACAGGCCUCAUGCUGGUGUUGAUGCUGGGUCUAUCCUGGGAGCUCACCCUGCUCACCUGUGUUGAGAUGCCUCUCCUGGCCCUUCUGCAGAACACGUACAACACCUACGGGCAGGACCUGAAAAGUCAGAUACAGGACUGUCAGGCCCAGACCAAAGAGCUGGCCUCACAGGCCAUCAGGGCAGUAAGGACGGUCCGCAGCUUCCGGGCAGAGGAGAAGGAGCUGCAAAGAUACAACAAGGCACUGGACCAGAUUUUCAUGGUCCAGAAGCGCAAGGACAUCUUCAGUGCGGUUCACCUCCUAGCACGAAGGCUGGUUACUCUGGGAAUAAAAGUGGCCAUGCUGUGGCAGGGUCGGAGACUGAUGUCCUCGGGCCAGCUGAGCAUUGGUAGCCUGAUCACAUUUGUACUCUACCAGAAACCUAUGGCAACCAACAUGAAGGAAAUACUGUUUGGCUUUGGCGACAUGGUGAACACUCUUGGGGUGACAGCCAAAGUCUUACAGUUUUUGGACAGAAAGCCAAAGCAGAAGGAAGCAGGAGAGUUAGCUCCUGCAAAGCUAGAGGGAAGACUUGAUUUCCACAAUGUCACCUUGUUCUACCCCUCACGGCCUGACAAACCUGUACUACAGUCUGUGACCCUGGAGCUGCGUCCGGGGAAGAUGACAGCGCUGGUGGGGCCCUCUGGAGGUGGGAAGACUUCCUGCGUCAGUCUGCUGGAGCGCUUCUACGAGCCGCAGGAGGGCCAGGUCCUGUUAGAUGGACAGCCCCUACACUGCUACCAGCAUCAAUACCUGCACCGAAAGAUGGCCUUGGUGUCCCAGGAUCCUGUGCUUUUUUCUGGAUCUGUGAGACACAACAUAGAGUAUGGCCUGCAUGGAUGCACCCCAGAGAAGGUGAUAGAGGCUGCCAAGAAAGCUAACGCCCAUGACUUUAUAUGUGACCUGAAGAAUGGUUAUGACACAGAUGUGGGGGAGUGUGGGGGAAAGCUGUCUUCAGGACAGAAGCAGUGCAUUGCCAUCGCCAGGGCCCUGGUCAGAGACCCACAGGUUCUCAUCUUGGACGAGGCCACCAGCAACCUUGAUGUCAACAUGCAGCAUGCGAUCCAGAGGGUUCUGGUGGGCUCUCAGGGUCAGACAGUGUUGGUGGUGGCUCACCGGCUGCAGACUGUUGAGAAGGCAGACCACAUCAUCUUUGUAGAGGAUGGUCAUGUCGCGGAGCAGGGUACACACCAACAGCUCAUGGACAAGAAGGGGCGCUACCAUCGGCUCAAAGAGGAACUCUUCACUUAGCAGUGGCAGGAUUCAGCCAUCUGUUCCCAGGCAUACAGCUGUCUGGCCUAGGACUACUGUCAUCUGUAGAAAGUCAACCACUGUAGAAGCGGGUUUUUGUUAUGUUUGAAUCUAAGAGGAACAAAUGCCCAACCCAUUUUUCACCUGUAGGCUAUUUUUACAUUCUUUCUUGGCCUGAGCUGGAUUUAAAGCCUUAACGUAUUAAAGGAAUAUGUUUUGUGGGUGCGCUCAACUUUGACCUCUAUAAAACUGAAAUGUACAGUAUUGUGUAGUAGUCUUAGUAUUUUUUUCUAAAUAAAUUAAUACAAUUGAAGUUAAGGGCGACGUGUGAACUUUUACUGGCAAAAGUUGCGCACGCAGCGCACCCUAUUUGAGAGGUGUCGUUAGUUGGUCAUCAUGAGUUCAAGGUUCAUUUACUUUGCAACAAUCCACUGGAUGAAAAUGUAUUCAUGGGCAGCGCAGAACUGUCUGUUUAUAGUAAUCGUUGAGUGUGUGGCAUAUCAGAUUCCCUACUCCAACCAGUAGUUUCCUUUUAGUAGGCUACAAUUGACAAUGCAUUGUUUACGUUGGUGUUGGCAGUAGUUU